UCGCUCUCCACUAGCUUGCUUGCUUUGAUCAGCAGCGCGGCUGCUUCCGUUUUGUCCGCGCCCGCCCGCCACCGGCCUGCACCAAGACACCAUGGGCGUCUUCGCCGUCACCAAGGUGUCCGAGGGCCCCGUCCGGCCGUCCGCCGCGACGCCGUCGGAGACGCUGCCGCUCGCCUGGGUCGACCGCUACCCGACCCACCGCGGCCUCGUCGAGUCCGUGCACGUGUACCUCCACCACGACGGCGCCGUCCAGGCGCCGGUGCCGGUCGUCGACGGGGAGGUGGAGGCGGCCGCCCCAGGCGAGAAGAAGGUCAGGGCGGCGGCGAAGGCGAGGAAGCCUCUGGCGGCGGUCGUCCGCGGCGCGCUCGCGGACGCGCUGGUGCACUACUACCCGUUCGCCGGGCGGAUCGUGGAGGACACGCCGGGGCGCCCCGCCGUGCUGUGCUCCGGCGAGGGCGUCUACUUCGUGGAGGCCGCCGCCAACUGCACCCUCGCCGACGUCAACUUCCUGGAGCGGCCGCUGCUGCUGACCAAGGAGCAGCUCGUGCCGUGCCCGACGCCGGAGCAGUGGGCCGUCGAGCCACACAACAGCCUCGCCAUGAUACAGGUGACGACGUUCACCUGCGGCGGCUUCGUGAUCGGGCUGCGCACCAACCACGCGGUGGCCGACGGCACCGGCGCCGCCCAGUUCCUGAACGCCGUCGGCGACCUUGCCCGCGGCCUCCCGGAGCCGAGGGUGAAGCCGGUCGUCUGGGGGCGCGAGCGCUUCCCCGACCCGGACAUCAAGCCCGGCCCGCUCCCGGAGCUGCCGGUGCUGCCGCUCCAGUACAUCGCCUUCGACUUCCCGGCCGCCUACCUCGGCAAGCUCAAGGCGCAGUACGCGGCGUCCACCGGCGGCAAGAUCUGCUCCGCCUUCGACGUCGUCAUCGCCAAGCUCUGGCAGUGCCGGACGCGGGCCAUUGGCCCCGGCCCCGGCGCGGAGGUCAAGCUCUGCUUCUUCGCCAGCGUCCGCCACGUGCUCCAGCUGGAGAGCGGCUACUGGGGCAACGCCAUCUUCCCGGUGAAGGUGUCCGCGCCGGCGGAGAAGGUGGCGGCCUCGUCGGUGAUCGAGCUCGUCGGCAUGGUCCGGGAGGCGAAGCGCCGGGUGUCCGACGAGUGCCUCAGCUGGGCGGAGAGCCGCACCGGCGGCCGCGACCCGUUCCAGAUGACGUUCAACUACGAGUCCGUCUACGUCUCCGACUGGAGCAAGCUCGGCUUCAACGACGUCGACUACGGGUACGGCACGCCGUCGGCGGCCGGCCCGCUGGUGAACUGCGACCUCAUCUCGUCGGUCAUCGUCAUGAGGGCGCCGGCGCCGCUCGCCGGCACGCGGCUGCUGGCGAGCUGCGUCACCAGGGAGCACGCCGACGACUUCGCCGGCAGGAUGAGGGAGGAUCUCGUCUAGUGGCCGCCCAACACUAUUCGUCACGUACCCAAAUUUCAUGGAUUAUUUAAUAUUAUUGUUGCAGUGUUAUCUGUCGUGGUAUGCUUUUUUUUUCAUGAGAAAAAAAAUGUACGAGAAUAGGUAGGAUCGAGCUACCUAUAUCUCUGAUGAUUUCAACGUGAGAGCCUGAGAGGUGUAAAAACCCAUAACCUCAGUAGGUAGUGUGCUUUCUCAUCAGUAAGCCAUGUGGGUGUGUGUACCAUUCCAAGAGUGUUAUUACCAGUGAAAAAUGUUUACCCGUGUCAUUGUAUAUAUUUUAAAGUUGUUUGGGAAGAUUAAUUAUAUACUAAUGUAUGUUUGCAUA